CAGACGUGAGGUUAUAUCCUAUGUGCUAUGUGGCAUCUAAGCUGAGCAAGAUAAAACUUCAGAUCUCUUCAGAUACCCACAAAACGCAGUUUUUCAUCUGUACUCAUGGAAAAGAAAGGCCUUCCUCCACCGUACCCUGGCCCAGCUCUGGGUUACCCUGAAUUCCAUGCAGUGGACAAUGCACAGAUGGCUGCAUUUUCUCCACAGCCAGUGUUACAGGCUGGUCCUGUGGUCAUCGAUCCUGUGUUUCAGCAGCCAGUAAGCAUAGUCCAGCCAGCACCUCCAACUUCAAUAAUCCAGCCUGCACCUCAACCAGCUGUAACAGUAAUCCAGCAGGCACCUCCACCUACAAUAAUCCAGCCUGCAGCUCAGCCAGCUGUAACAAUAAUCCAGCCUGCAGCUCAGCCAGCUGUGGCUGUAGUAAGUCCUACGGUGAUUCAGCCUCGCUUGAGAGAAACACCUGGACAGCUGAAAUGCAUUUACUGCCAGCAUGAGAUUGUCACAGUGACCCGAUAUAUCAAUGGAGCACUCGUCUGGACCAUUUUUGGAGGCCUUUGUAUAACUGGCUUUUGGCCGUUCUGUCUGAUUCCCUUCUGUGUGAAUGCCUGUAAAGAUGUGGAACACAGCUGCCCCCAAUGCCACAACAUCAUCUCCGUUUACCGACGCAUGUGAAACUUUCCACCCUGAGAGCUGCAAUAUGGGCUUCAGUCGGGUUUCAGGAAUGACCGCUGUUUGUCUCUGAGAAAUACAUCUAUACAAAUGAGUUUUCACUGCUUCACCCGCUGAUAUGUAUUCAAUCUCUUUUGGAAAGUUUAUAGAAGCUGUGUUUUACACUUUUCUUGCAUUUUAAUGUUUCAGAGAUGUCCACAAAUGGCAUUUAUAAGAUUAAGUGACACUUAUUCGUCCCACAACAGGGAAAUUUCACCUCCGCAUUUAAGCCAUCCGUGAAGUGAAACACCACACACACACUAUGGGGCA